AUGGCAUUGGCACAAUGGCGCUGCAAAAAGUGUGCAGAGGUACGUCUUACCCAUGAGACCAGGUUGCAGUUUUUGGAUCCGCAGAAGCAGGUGGUUUUGUGUAUUGGUGAAAGAGUUGAGCUUCAGUGCCGUUUCAGGAGCUCCGAGCCUGUGGCCUCCUGCUGGAUUCAUAACAGACAACAGGUUGUGUUAAAUGGUCCUCAAACAUGUGUUAAGAGCACAAACAACAGUAGUGAUCUGAUCAUCUCUAAAGUUCUUCCUGGAGACGCUGGAAGUUAUUCUCUUUUGGUUCAUAACAGAGUAGGCACUGCUCACUGGACGGCAAACCUCCGUGUCAUUGACCGUUCAGACCCUCCAGGAUCAGUUCCGUUUGUGUCCCAGCUGACCCACACCUCUCUGGUUCUGUCGUGGUCUGGUCCGUGUUACGACGGAGGUUCAGCCAUCACAGGCUACGUGGUAGAGCUUCAGCGACUGGACGGAUGUGACCCGGGGGACUGGACUGAACUAGUUAACCAGUGUCCGAAUACCUCUUACAGGGUCUGCUCUGGUCUCCAUCCGCAGGGGGAAUAUCGCUUUAGAGUACGUGCCUGCAACGCCGCCGGGGUCAGCGAGCCCAGCGAGGAGUCUGACCGCAUUAAGAUGGACACAGCAGGUGAACCGCAACAGGAAGUGACCUCAUACGUUGAUGUCGUGAUUGACACCACACACAAAGCCAGGGAUUACUAUCAUGUACACGAGAAACUAGGAGUCGGGAAGUUUGGGGAGGUGUACAAGAUGACCCACAAGCAGACGGGUCAAGUGUGUGCCGGUAAAUUCUACCGCGCCCGCAGCUACAGAGAGAAAGCAGUGGCCCGUAAAGAAAUCAAGCUGAUGAAUGAAUUGCACCAUCCCAAGCUGGUUCAGUGUCUCGCAGCCUUCGAUACGCCCUCUGAACUUGUCAUGAUUCUCCAGUAUGUUGCUGGUGGUGAGCUGUUUGAACGGAUCAUAGAUGAGAAUUUCGAGUACACCGAACCCACCAGCAUAAACUACAUGAGACAGAUCCUGGAGGGAGUUCAGUAUCUUCACCGUAAGCGCAUCUUACACCUCGAUCUGAAGCCAGAAAACAUCAUCUGUGUCAACAGCACUGGGACGCUCAUUAAAAUCAUUGACUUUGGACUGGCCUGUAAACUGGAGCCUGGGAAACCUCUGAUGGUGUUACAUGGGACUCCAGAAUUUGUGGCUCCGGAGGUCAUCAACUACGAGCCUCUGGAUCUGGUCACCGACAUGUGGAGCAUUGGUGUCAUCUGCUAUAUCUUGUUAAGCGGUGAGUCGCCGUUUCAAGGAAGCACUGAUGCAGAAACUCUUGCUCUGGUAACUGCAGCUAAAUGGGAAUUUGACCCCGAGAGUUUUAUAGACAUCACGGAUGAGGCUAAAGAUUUUAUCAGCAGCCUCCUGACGAAAGACGUGAGGUUAAGACUAUCCUGUGAGAAAGCUUUAGCUCAUCCAUGGAUUGCCUCAUUUGAUGACUGGAACCCCAGAGCAACCAAAUCCCUGAAAAAAGACAAGAUGAGAAGGUUCCUGGCCAGACAAAAGUGGAAGAAAACCGGUAAAGCCCUGCUUGCCCUGAAGAGAAUGACUCACUAUUCGAACAAAACUGAUGGGCCAAAUUCACCUGUCAGUUCUGUAGACGGACAUCUCCUCGGGAAAGAGGCAGAACAAGCUGUUGCAUCGCUGGAAAAGCAGUUGAGAAGUGAGCCACGCUUUCAUAAGGCCCUGCGGGAUCUCACAGAGACAUGCGGAGCCACCGUACACCUGGCCUGUACUAUACACGGAUAUCCUGACCCAGAGGUCAUCUGGCUGUUUGAUGAAGAGCCGCUGGGAAAAAAUGAGCGAGUUCAGAUGAAUUAUGAAAAGGACGGCAUGUGCACGCUUACCCUUACUUCUAUACAACCAGGGGAUUCUGGGAUUUACAAAUGCUGCGCAUCCAACAGCCUGGGCCAGGCGCUGUGUUCUGCCAAACUCACUGUGAGUUUCUAGAACACGGAACCUGGAUUCUUGAAGAUGUAGAGAGCGAGCCGUCCGAUUUGUUUUAAAAAAAAUGGGGAUAAUAGAAAUCUCUCUAUAGCCAAAACUCUAGGAGCCAUGCAAGUAUCUGUUGUGAAAUGUUCUGUUGUGUGAUUUACACGGUUUAGGACACAUGUUUUUUGAUCACAGGUUUGGUUCUGUUACACUUGUCUUAAAUUCUUUCACUGUUUGAGCUUUUGUGAGCACUCGUGGCUUGUGGGUAAAUUUUAAGACUACAAAAUAGUGUUCAGGUUCCGAAAGCCAUGUCAUUUGUUGUGUAUGUAUGUAUAUAUGAAGUUUAUACCAAAGGAAAUUUUAUUUUGAAUGACUUAUUAAAAUUAUUUUAUCAACUUGC